CCAAAUUGGGGAACUACGGAGACGUUUGAAGGAGAUGGACUAGAAUCUUUGGGCAAUAAGAAAACGAGAGAGAAUCUGAGGUCCAAUACCAAAGAAAUCCAGGAAACACUAUGACAUCUGAUGUACCAGUACCAUGUUGUCACAUCCUCCCUUUUGCUCGCGUGUUACCCUGUCUGUGGUGAAGAGCGUUGGUUGUGCACAACGAUAAGGACGCUGGGUGUGUCGCACACUUUCUUAGUACGUUACUCCAUCGUCGCGCCAGCUAAACCGUUAUCUUUGCCUCCUUGAUUUCAUCCGCCGUAAUCCUCAGCGCUCCCAGUCUGGAUUUAAGUGCGUGGAACCGCGGGACAGCUUGGAUUAUGGGGAACGCAGCCGGGAGUUUGGAUAUGUUCCAGAGCCGGGAGACAAAGGCUCCACCGACCACCGGCUCGACGCCCCCCCAAAGACAGAAAGAGGGGUCCCUGCAAAAAACGCCGCGGCCGAGCUCGGGGGAGCUGGAGGAGCGAUUUAAUGUGGUGUUGAACGCCAUGAAUUUACCCCCUGAUAAAAUACACGUUCUUCGACAAUAUGACCAGGACAAGAAGUGGGAACUAGUGUGUGACCAAGAACGAUUCCAAGUGAAGAGUCCGCCAGCUUUCUAUAUACAUAAGCUGAAGAGCUAUGUGGAUACGGGAGGGAUCAGCCGGAAGUUCAAGAGACGCGUUCAGGAAUCCACCCAAGUCCUGCGAGAGCUGGAGAUCUCCCUGCGGACCAAUCAUAUUGGAUGGGUGGAAGAAUUUCUGAGCCCAGAAGUCGGCGGCCUUGACGUUCUAGUGGAAUAUCUCUCAUUUGCACAGUACUCUUUUCCGUUUGACGUAGAGGGCGCUGAUAACGGAGGAGUGGACAAAGUAAAGAACACACACCGAUCUCUAGAGGACAUCAACAAGUCUAGCGCGUCCUCCAGCCCAUCUAGCACACCCUCUCGAGUACGGAACCUGACCACCAGGUACAUGCACAGCCGAACAACACUGAGAAACUCCCGGCAUGUGAACGCCAAGGACGAUGUACAUGUGUGUAUCAUGUGUCUGCGGGCAAUUAUGAACUACCAGUCAGGGUUUAGCAUGGUGAUGUCGCACCCCUCCUGUGUCAACCAGAUUACCCUCAGCCUGGGUAACAAGAACCCUCGCACCAAGGCUCUCGUCCUGGAACUCCUUGCUGCAGUUUGUCUGGUCCGAGGGGGACAUGAGCUAAUUCUCUCUGCUUUCAACUAUUUCAUGGAGGUCUUCGGGGAAAGUUCGCGAUUCGAGAAACUUAUGGAAUAUUUUCAGACUGAAGAUUCCAACAUUGACUUUAUGGUGGCCUGCAUGCAGUUCAUCAAUAUUGUCGUUCAUUCUGUAAAGAACAUGAACUUCAGAGUCUUCCUUCAACAUCAAUUCUUUCUACUAGGUCUAGACGAAUAUCUGGAGAUUCUGAAGCACACAGAGAGUGAACGGCUCCAGGUACAGAUACAGGCUUACUUAGAUAAUAUCUUCGAUGUGAACAGUCUUUUGGAGGACACAGACACCAAGAAUGAAAUGCUGGAGCAUGUAGAGGACUUGCAAGGACACUUGGCUCAUUUGACUGAAAAGCUGCAGCAGACAGAGAAUGAAUACAUGAGGAGGGUGGCCGAGCUGGAAACGCAACUAGACCAGAUGCGUAAAGAAUUGAGUGCAGCAAGGGAGAAACAUGUGUUACAACCCCCUGUGGACACACAGCAUACCGUGCACAUACGAGAGGUGGGAAAUGGACAAGUAAUCUGGAUGGAACCUGCUGGGGAUACCUGUACAGAAGACACAUCAGCAAUCUCUGUCCACACAAGCCCAACACCUGACAGUAGCAAAAGACCAAGUUCUUCACUUGUCACAGUCACUGGUGCAAUCACCAGCUGCCCAAUGUCAGUUACAGAGCAUUCAUCUCAAUCUUCAUCGUCAUCUUCAAUCCAUGAGUCUGAGGUGACUUCUACCCAGCCUUCCACUUUAUCUCCAUUGUCUGAGGAUGCAGUUAUUCCCUGCCCACCUCCAGAUACAGAGAGUCACCCUAUCCCUGCUCCUCCCCCAUUACCAGGAUCAGAGGCCACCAAUGUCCCUGCACCACCUCCACUGCCAGGGCCACAGGUCAGCAAUAUCCCUGCUCCCCCGCCUUUACCAGGAUCAGAGGUCACCAAUACCUCUGCUCUCCCUCCACUACCAGGACCAGAGGUCACCAAUGUCCCUGCACCACCACCACUACCAAGGUCAGAUGUUACUAGCGUCCCAACUCAACAACCACUUUCACAAACACCUAAUGGGGCUGGUGCUCCCCCUCCUCCUCCACCCUUUCCUGGGACACUUGUCGGACCUUCGCCUCCACCACCUCCUCCAUCUCUGGGUUCUGGUGGUCCUCCUCCACCACCACCUACUCAACUCCUUAUGACUGCAGGCCUAUCAACAGGUAUGAGCAUAAAGAAACCUGUUCAGACAAAGUUUCGGAUGCAGGUUCUCAACUGGGUGGCGCUGAAACCAACGCAGAUCAACGGGACGGUCUUCACACAACUGGACGACGAAAAGGUGCUGCAGGAACUUGACAUGAGUGACUUCGAAGAGCAAUUUAAGACCAAGGCCCAGGAUCUCAGCAAAACCCCAUUCACUGAAAGAGUAAAGUCCGCUCAAAAACAGCCAAGCAAGGUGACUCUGAUUGAUGCAAAUCGUGCCAAGAAUCUCGCAAUUACUCUGAAAAAGGGAGGCCUAACCCCUGAAGCCAUUACAACUGCCAUCAAGAAUUAUGACAUGCAGGCCUUGAGUCUGGAUUUCCUGGAGCUUCUGUCCCGAUUCCUGCCCACCGACUGGGAGCGGCAGCAGAUAUCCCGAUAUCUACGAGACGAGAAGCCCCUGGAUGACCUGAGUGCAGAAGACCGAUUCAUGGUCCACCUCUGCUCCAUCCCCAGGCUUUCUGAAAGGGUUAACACCAUGACCUUCAUCUCCAGCUUCCCCGAUACUACAAGCCGUAUAACACCACAACUCAAUGCCUUGAUUGCUGCCUCCAUAUCAAUAAAGUCCUCUGAGAAGCUGAAAGGGAUCCUGGAGCUAGUCCUGGCAUUUGGGAAUUACAUGAACAGCAGCAAGAGGGGAGCAGCCUAUGGAUUCCGACUGCAGUCCCUUGACGUGCUCCUGGAGACUAAGUCCACGGAUCGGAAACAGACACUUUUGCACUAUUUGGUGCGUGUGAUCAAGGAGAAAUUUUCCCAUUUGUCCACCUUCCAUUCUGAACUAAAUUUCCUGGAGAAAGCAGCUACAGUGUCUCUGGAUGCCGUGGUGGCCGACGUGAAGUCCCUUCAGGCUGGGAUAGAACAAGCCCAGAAAGAAUUCACAAAGCAAGAUGAUAGUCCUGUUCUAAAGGACUUCCUAAAAUCGAAUAUGGAUGUUAUGGCGAGACUUUCAGGGGAUGCCAAGACUGCACAGGAAGCCUAUAACACGGCUGUGGAAUAUUUCGGGGAGAACAGCAAAACCACCCCUCCCUCUACUUUCUUUCCUGUUUUCUUGCGUUUUGUGAGAGCAUUCAAGCAAGCUGAUAAAGAUCUGGAGCUCUUGAAGAAGCAGGAGGCCACAGCCACGGUGGGAGAGAAGACCGAGGCUGCAGGGAAACAGCCGCAGCCAGUGAAACCUGUGCAACCUCAGGUCAAUUUGAUGGCUGAAUUAAACAAGAAACUUCAAAAGAAGGAGCCACGAGUAUAUGAGGACAACUGGGCAAUAGAAGACAUAAUCACAGACCUAAGGAACCAGCCCUAUAGAAGGACAGAUGUAGGUCGACGAAGUGUUAAAAAACAGAACGGGCAGCCAGUGAACACACCAGAUAUUCCUGUCUGAAGCUCUGCGACAUUCCGUCCAUCGUAAAGGAGAUGUCAUUGUAUCGCACUUAUUUGAGGCCUUCCUUGGAGAGGAGACUAGCACAUCUGCUGUGUGAAAAAGCGGCUUAUAUAUAAUCCUGACGAUGGCUUCAGAAUAAAAAACACCGCUGUGGAACAUUUAUCGGGAUACACUAUCGUCAUCCAAAAUCUACCAA